AUGGCUAUAUUAAGUGCACGUGACGUCUUCGCAACCCCUCCGCUGACAGCGUCCGUGAUUGACGAGCUCAAAGCGCAAGCCCUCGCCACAGCGACCCUCGUUAUCGAGCGUUCGCAACAAGCAGGCACGACCCCGUCGUGGUCGCUAGUCUCGUCGGACAACGCCCUUCGCAUCUUCAAAGCAAACGACUCUGUAGUCAGCUCCAACUUUCUUCACUGCGGACAGCUGCAGGUGUGUGCCCCGCUCGCGGACGUCGUGGAACUCUUGCGCACCGACACACCAGCGCACGCGACUGCCUUCAAACAGCGCUUUGGCAAGGACAUCAUGACCACGUCCACGUUGUACACACUGGAACCUCCGACUGCCGACACCCCCAACCACCGCAUUUUGAUUUCGUGGCUAGCAUUCCAAAGCCCCAUGAAAAACGUCGUCAUGAACCGAGAUGUCCUUGUGCUCGAGUGCCACCGCGAGUUUUCAUUCCAAGGCCGCCGGGGCUGGGUGCGUGCUGGUCGGUCCAUUCAACUCCCUGGGUGCCCCAACUUGGAGGCGUCGUGCGGGCUCGUGCGAAUGCAAAACUAUGGCAGCGGGCACGUGCUUAUAGAAUCCGUCGACAAACCGGGCUUCCUCGACAUGUCGUACGUGACUGAGGUGGACAUGCAAGUCGGUGCGUCCGAGUGGGCAGUCGACGCCUUCCGUAGCCGGGACUUUCUCAUUGAAAAGGCUAUUGCGCGACGAUGCCAGAGCUUGGUCGAGAUCGAACGGUAUCUCCAAGGCCGCAUCAACAACAGCCAAGCCAUGGUCGUGUAUACCUAUAAUUCCUUGAAAGCAACCACCAGUCGCAAGGCGUUGCGUCGGCAUUGCUGUUUGUGCGACAAACGAUUUGGCCCGUUGAGUAAAAAGGUUUCGUGCUCCCAGUGUCCACUGGUCAUGUGUCGACGUUGCGAUCGCGAAUGGCAAUUGAAAUCCCACGCACAUGAUAAAUCCAUGUGCACGUCCUGCGCGCUAGGUAGUGCCAACACACCGACAAUGACCGACGCAGGACAGUCUACUACUACCCAUUUGCAAGCUGGAGACCAGGGAUGGAACUCGGAAAGUUCGCUGAGCAGUCGUCGCGACGACUCGACAGGGUUGCGCCCCCUCGUUGUGGAAGAAGCAGACGAUUUCAAUAGUAGCAGCAACAGCAGCAGCAGCCGGAAAGACUCCAGCUAUGACAUGACAGCCCCUCGUCGACAGUAUCAACCGUGUGUGCUGUACAAGGCAAACUCACUGGGAGGUUUUGUGCUCCUGCGAACCAACACCACCACCCCCGUUGUGUUUGAUCGCAUGGGAUGA